CAGAUUGGUACCAAUUUGAAAAACAAGUGAACGUUGCCACUCCUCUCUCUAUAUGAAGUUUUAAGCAAAAAUGACUGUCCCUUUAAGAUUUACAAUUCUUUUAUGUAUUUUCGUAUUUGUGGCUUCCAAGCAGUUGCAUGAAAAACUCACAUUGGAAGCAAAAGAUAAAGAUGAGAAAGGUUUCAUGAAUUUAUUCAACAACCAGGACGAAUUCAUCAAGAACGAACGGAUCCACGCGACAGCUGAAGUAGAGAUAGAGUUGUUACAUCUAAAAAAGAGUAUCUUGUAUUUUUUACAGUAUGCUCGACAUGUGAAGGCAGUAUCGGAGAGCGUGAUCGACCACCUCUUGAACGAAAUCAAACAACAGUACCGUAGCCCAAACUAUAACUCAAACAGCCCAAUACCACGGCUGAUAAAGAAUUUAAACAAAGAACUGAAGAGAAAUGAACAGAUCAAACUGCAGAAGGAGAAGGAAAAGAGAAAGGGAGUUAAGAAGAAUAAAAGGAACAAUAACAGAAGGACAAGGGUCACGACAAAAACGAACUAAUUGAAGACGAUGUAACCAAAAAUGAUACGAUGCUUAGCGAAAAUAUAAUUUAUUAUUUUACGGAAUAAAGUUUAAAAUAUA